UUCUUCACUACAGGAAGCAUCAGAAUGAUACCACAGACUCCAAUAGUCUUAGACACAAAUGACUAUUCACAAACAUUGGGGAAAUCACAGCAGAUAUUUAAAGAAGAUGAUGAAUUGUCAGUAACUGGACAGCAAUCAUUAUGUACAGAGAGUAAAUUAGUCAUCAAACAAGAGGAUAAUAUUUAUGACUUAUCUAGUGAAAUGAUUAUACCUGAGGAUAAACCACAAACAUUUACUGAAGUUUCAAAAAAUGUUAAAGAAGAGAAAAGUCUACAGUCUAACCAAAUGAUUCAUACAAAGGAGAACCCUUUCAAAUGUACAGAAUGUGAAAAAAGCUUUACAUGCAGUUCACAUCUCCUAGAACACCACAAAAUUCACACAGGUAAAAAGUCAAACACAUGUACUGAGUGUGGAAAAAGUUUUACACAAAUGAUAAAACUUAUAGCUCAUGAAAGGACCCACACAGGGGAGAAACCAUUUAGCUAUACAGAGUGUGAAAAAAGUUUUACACGAAUGGAUCAUCUGAAAACUCAUAAAAAGAAUAACACAGGAGAAAAGCCUUUCACAUGUACAGAGUGUGGAAAAUGUUUUACACAAAUAAGUAAUCUGAAAAAGCAUGAAAGGAUUCACACAGGAGAAAAGCCGUUCACAUGUACAGAGUGUGGAAAAAGUUUUACACAAAUCAGUAGUCUGAAAACUCAUGAAAUGAUUCACACAGGAGAAAAGCCGUUCACAUGUACAGAGUGUGGAAAAGGUUUUACACAAAUGACCAAACUUAUAGCUCAUGAAAGGACUCACACAGGGGUGAAACCAUUUAGCUGUACAGAGUGUGGAAAAUGUUUUAUACAAAUAAGUAAUCUGAAAAAGCAUGAAAGGAUUCACACAGGAGAAAAGCCUUUCACAUGUACAGAGUGUGGGAAAAGUUUUACACAAAUAAGUAGUCUGAGAAAACAUGAAAGGAUUCACACAGGAGAAAAGUCCUCCUGUACAGAGUGUGGAAAAAGUUUUACACAAAUGAGUAGUCUGAAAACUCAUGAAAUGAUUCACACAGGAGAAAAGCCGUUCACAUGUACAGAGUGUGGAAAAGGUUUUACACAAAUGAGUCAGCUGAAAUAUCAUGAAAUUAGUCACACAGGAGAAAAGCCUUUCACGUGUACAGAGUGUGGGAAAAGUUUUACACAAAUAAAUAUUCUGAAAACUCAUGAAAAGAUUCACACAGGAGAAAAGCCUUUCACAUGUACAGAGUGUGGGAAAUGUUUUACACUAAAGAGUAUUCUGAUAUAUCAUGAAAGGAGUCACACAGGAGAAAAGCCUUUCACGUGUACAGAGUGUGGAAAAAGUUUUACACAAAUGAGUCAUCUGAAAACUCAUAAAAGGAUUCACACAGGAGAAAAGACUUUCACAUGUACAGAGUGUGGGAAAUGUUUUACAUAUAUAAAUAGUCUAAAAUAUCAUGAAAGGAGUCACACAGGGGAAAAACCGUUCACAUGUACAGAGUGUGGAAAAUGUUGUACAAAUAUAAGUAAUCUGAGAAAACAUGAAAGGAUUCACACAGGAGAAAAACCGUUCACAUGUACAGAGUGUGGGAAAUGUUUUACACAAAAGAGUAAUCUGACAACUCAUGAAAUGAUUCACAAGGGAAGAAACCUUUCACAUGUUUAAAAAGUGGAAAAAAGGUUUUUAUUGAAAUUGGGUAUCACAAAACACCAAAUAUUUACACACAAAUAAACUUUAUUUACACAGUAUUCAACCUCUUUACAUUUAUCCUAAAGAGGACAAACUCUCUAAAUAGAAGCAUCAAAAAGGAUCCUAUUGUAAAUAAUACUUUCUAAAUCCCAGUUAUGAAAGCCUCAGAUUGGAAGUGCUUUCCUGCUGUCCUUUGUUACUCUAUAUAUGUGCACCUCAGUUUCUCUGAUAUAAAUGUGAUAGAAUCCAAACACCACAGAGUAAUAUUCAAAUCUGCCCUCAUACUGACCAGUUUACACAACCAUUCACCACUAAAGCACCCAGUGUUGUUUAUUAAUAUGCCAGUGUUAGGAGUUGUACGUUUGUUUUACAUAGGGGAGAAAAUAAUUACAUUUACAGAAUUAAGGAGUCUUUAAAUGAGUGUUAGAGCAGGGCCUGUGUUUGGUAUAAGGCAACCGCCUUAGGAUGCCCCAGCAGGGGGGCGCAAUUUAGAGUAGCCUGAUUUUUUAUUUUUA